CACCCGAAAAACUUUUGAGCAAACCCAUUCAACCAAUAAGCAAUAUUAAUUUGAAACACUAACGAGUAACCUCUUUGUUACAGUGAACUCUGAGCAAAAGUUCAGACACCCACUCCCCUGAACUGAAAUAGAUGAUGGUGGUGGCAGUUUAGAGAAUUAAACAUAUCUUCAGAGUUUCAUUGAUUUUUCUUUCUGGCAGCGAAAAUGCGAAGAGAGGCACAGGGGAGAGGUAAACCGGUUUAUCACUUUUGACGUGGACUCGAAAAAUAAUCUCUUCGAGUUAAAACGCAGUGAUCCGGAGUGUUCACUGCGUCUACCUAAUAAAGUCCUAUUCCUAAGUUCUAACUGCCAGCAGGGGAUCCGGACUUCCAGAUCCGAAAACAUUUCGUUGCUUCUUUUGGUGAGGUACGACCGUACGAAAAUGGUUCUCUUCACGGUUUCGAAGGUCGAGACUACCCCGUUCGAUGGCCAAAAGCCAGGAACUUCUGGUCUGAGGAAGAAGGUGAAAGUGUUCAUGUAUCCAAACUACUUGCAUAAUUUUGUUCAAUCAACAUUCAAUGCACUAUCAGACGACAAAGUGAAAGGUGCCACAAUUGUUGUUUCUGGUGAUGGACGCUAUUUCUCAAAAGAAGCUAUUCAGAUUAUAAUCAAAAUGGCAGCUGCAAAUGGAGUAAGACGUGUUUGGGUAGGACAAAAUGGAUUACUUUCAACUCCUGCUGUAUCAGCUGUGAUUCGUGAAAGAGUUGGGGCAGAUGGAUCCAAGGCAUCAGGAGCUUUUAUAUUGACAGCAAGUCACAAUCCAGGUGGUCCACAUGAGGAUUUUGGAAUCAAAUACAACAUGGAAAAUGGCGGGCCAGCUCCUGAAGCUAUAACAGACCAGAUUUAUGAGAACACAAAAACAAUAAAGGAAUACUUCAUUGCAGAAGACCUUCCAGAUGUGGAUAUUUCUACCAUAGGUGUGACAAGCCUUGGGGGGCCUGAAGGAGAAUUUGACAUUGAUGUUUUCGAUUCAACUAGUGAUUAUGUGAAACUGAUGAAGUCAAUUUUUGAUUUCGAAUCUAUCAGAAAACUGCUUGCAUCUCCAAAUUUCACGUUCUGUUAUGAUGCUCUUCAUGGAGUAGCCGGAGCAUAUGCAAAACGUAUUUUUGUUGAAGAGCUUGGUGCACAUGAAAGUUCACUAUUGAACUGCACGCCCAAGGAGGACUUUGGAGGAGGGCAUCCAGAUCCAAACCUGACCUAUGCAAAGGAGUUGGUUGAACGCAUGGGAUUGGUUAAAACAAAUUACCAAGAUGAACCACCAGAGUUUGGUGCUGCUGCUGAUGGUGAUGCAGAUCGUAACAUGAUCCUUGGUAAAAGGUUUUUUGUGACUCCAUCUGAUUCUGUUGCCAUCAUUGCUGCAAAUGCAGUUCAAGCCAUCCCUUACUUUUCUGCUGGUUUAAAGGGAGUUGCCAGGAGCAUGCCUACAUCAGCUGCACUUGAUGUUGUGGCAAAACAUUUAAAUCUCAAGUUCUUUGAGGUCCCUACUGGCUGGAAAUUCUUUGGGAACUUGAUGGAUGCUGGGUUAUGCUCAAUUUGUGGUGAAGAAAGUUUUGGAACUGGUUCAGAUCACAUACGUGAGAAAGAUGGAAUUUGGGCAGUAUUAGCCUGGCUAUCUAUUCUUGCCUUCAGGAAUAGUGACAAUCUCAAUGAGGGAAAACUGGUGACCGUUGAGGACAUAGUUCGUGAGCAUUGGGCUACUUAUGGUCGCCACUUUUAUACUCGAUAUGACUAUGAAAAUGUUGAUGCAGGUGCAGCAAAGGAGCUAAUGGCUUAUUUGGUCAAUCUUCAAUCUUCGCUUCCUGAUGUUAACAAGAUUACAAAGGGAAUACGAUCAGAUUUACCAGAUAUUGUCCAGGCUGAUGAAUUUGAAUAUAAAGAUCCUGUUGAUGACUCCAUCUCAAAGCACCAGGGUGUAAGAUAUCUGUUUGAAGAUGGAUCACGAUUGGUUUUCCGUCUCUCUGGAACUGGCUCAGAAGGUGCGACCAUCCGUCUUUACAUUGAACAAUAUGAGAAGGAUUCCUCAAAGACAGGAAGAGAUUCUCAAGAAGCACUUGAUCCUCUAGUGGAGGUUGCUCUGAAGCUUUCUAAGAUGGAGGAGUUCACUGGCCGAUCUGCUCCCACUGUAAUUACAUAGAUUGACUGCCGUACAGCAGCAAGGUUUUGAUAUUCAAAUAAUACAUCUAUAUCAUAAGCAGUACACCAGUACUGAGAAAUUCAGUGAGUUAAUCUUAUGUCAUACGAUUUGUUCCUGCCAUGUGCCAUGAAUCAGUAUGGGAGAGUGUCGAGAUUAUAUGGUGAUUCAAACUUAUCCAAUUAUUAUUAUUUUGAUUU